GUACGAAGGAAUGCUAGCUACGCGUACCAUACAUAAAACUCUUGGGGGCAAUGGAGCAGCAUUUCUAUGGGUACACAACCGUCAUGAAAUCCCUGUUCAUGCCCUGUCAAACGUCAUGUACAUGUAUAUGUACAGCCUAUGGCAAAAAAGGGUCGUUUUCUGUGGGAUUUGUGGGAGCAGGGCAGAUGUCAGACCCCACAGUUCUUGGGUAUAGGAUUGUCACAAACUUUGAAUCUUAAUAUCUUCUGAAAUGGAAAUGACUGGACAAUUUUACUUGCGCCAACAUAUUCCUCAGAGUUUGGACUUUUCACGGGCACCCUAAAACUUUCCAAAACCGUAAGUUUUCCAAUGUACAUGUAUGGCACCUUAAAAAACCCGACCUGUGGUACAUGCUUACCGUGGAUGGGUGCGGAUGGUGUAGUGUACUGUACAUACAUGUAUAUGUAUUAAUGUUACUCAAAUUUCAUUUCUCUGUUCGUCUGGCACACAAGCAAUGACUCUCAAGGUGACAGGAACCAGUUUUGUUGUGACUGUCGCGAGCCUUGAAAUCUGACACACAAAGCAUUGCCUUUGUUAACAAGCAUUAUUUUCAAUCCCGCAGUUUGGAUUUCAAGCAUUAAAGUCAUGCCUUGAAGUAGGGCUGUGAUGGCAACAGAAAACAGAUUUCCAAAGAGAGGCAUUUGCAGCCCUAUUUGUGGGGCUAACCAGGAGGAUAAGUGCUUUACUAAAUAUCAAUAUGCUAGGCUUGUUGAUGGAGUAACACAGGAGUUUAUCUAGCUCCGUUAAUUCAUUAAAUUUCACCUAACAAAUCGCCUUAAAUCUCUGCGAAUCUUGCCCAUCGAGCAAGGAAAUUAUCGAUAACAUUCAAUACUAUCCUUCGCUGCAUUCUGGAUAUCAAUAUGCCGCCGACAAAAGAUAAAAAACAACCAGUUACGGUCGAUGCAAACAGCACGCCCAUGCCUGAAUCAACUGACAAUGCCUAUGAGUCCACCAUUACGUAAGAUGCAUCAGUAACCAAACUUUCAUUAAUAGAGGUCCUACAAAAUGAGCUACAGGAAUCCCAAGCAGGAAUUCCAGGUAAACUAGACUUGGUUAUCUCCAAUCAAGAAUCCCUGCUGCAAAGAAUGGACAGUAUGGAAUCCAGACAAACGGAUAUGGAAAAGUCAGUAAUCCGCACCUCCGAAUGUAUUGAUGAAAUCAAGGCCAAAAACCAAGAUCUCCAAUCAAAGUUGGACAAAGUCACAGUACAGUUGUAUGAAGCAGAGAAAAAAGUUGCCCAACAUGAAGCCUCAACUCUCAACCCAGAACACUAUUCCAGAAGCUACAUGUAUAACAUCAGAUUCGGAGGGAUUCCGGAACUAUCAAAUGAACCACCUGCUACCCAUAUAAUAAAAGUAAAGAAAUCUUGUCAGAAAAAUGUCAACUGGAGCCUAAAAUUGAGAAUGCCCACCGCUCUGGACCUCCUUCCAGAUCGCCCAAUAGUAGACCUCGGCCCAUCCUAGCCAAGUUCUUGUAUCGACCAGAGAGACAGGCAGUACUACUUAAGGAAAAGGCAACUCUGACUGACUGUGGCAUCUACAUGGUCCAAGACCUACCGGCAGCAGAUGUCGCAGGGAAGAAAGCACUCAAAGAAGUCAUGGACAAAGCAUACAAGGCCGGCAAGAGACCCGUCUUUCGCAACGGACAGUUAUUUAUCAAUGGUCAGAGGUAUACUCCCACUCGACCCUCCCAACUCAUAAAAGCUUGCCAAGAGACCAAGAUCAAGAUGGCCCAUGCUGAGGUUGUAGAUGUAGAUGACAGUGCUCUGUCACACAGGUUGCAAAAGCCACAUGGCAUGCAUGCAGCAGUCCUACUAGACCUAUGGAGCAGCAGUGAUGAAGAAGCUAGCCACAGUAUUCACUCUCACGAACUGGCGCCUGACACACCGAGCCCUGCUGAAAGAUUAGAGUCCCGGUUUCCAGCAGACAGCAAAUCAAGUCUUCAACGUGUACAUGAGGAUGAUACUAGUGAGAUUGUCUCACACCAGUCACAGACAUUGCUUGUCAGAUCCCGGCAUGCUGCGGCCAAACACAUCUUACCCAAGAGCUUGCUGACACAAGUACACAGCAGGCACAAAUCAACGGCACCUUUGCGAAGCCAGAAAAGAACAGCAAUGAACUCAGUUUCUUCAUCCCAGCUUGCCAGGAGUUCCUCACCUGUUUUCCUUCACGGACCUAAGACAGUCUCCCUGCUUCCCCACAAAAAGUUACCCACUCGGACACCAGAAAGUUCAGACAGCAGCACUGAAGAAGAUAGUGAUAACGAGUCAAAGAACAUCACUGCCAGGAAGCACAAUACGUAUUUCAAGAAAAAAGGAAACAAAGCAGGAGUUCUAAAGAGGGCAAGUAGCUUAAAUUGGGAGAAUAGUUCUGGAGACGCUGAGUCAGUGUCUGUGAGUGUGAAGGAUAGUACAGAUACAUGCAACUCUUACCCAGGGACCCAAGCCAGUUGGCAGUCAGAAAGGGAGCCUAAAAGCUGCAAACUCAACCGGCAUUUGUUAAUUGGAAGAAGCUCAGGCAGUAGUAGUUCAUCAGAUUCAGAAUCACUUCUCUCUCCAGCCAAGUCACAGCGAGGAAAAGUACAAAGAACCACUGUAAGAACAGUUCCCGAGAACUUCUGUGAAAAUGCAGCCACCCUGGAGACAGCAUCAUCUUGCCACAAGCAUGGUGAACACUUGGAAAGGCCAGGAAGAGGCAAGCGGGAACUGAGCAGAGGUGAGGGUCAAGUCCAGAGGGCUAAACGGGUCAGAGUGUCACUGACAUUCAGCAGUGUGUCAUCUGAUUCAUCAAGUUCCUCAGACUCUGAAGUAAGUGAAAGUACCUGUACCAAGUCAGAUUGGUCAUGUUUCAAGUCUCAAGAGAACACCCUAGAAACAGUCUGCAGAAGCAAGGAGUACAUCAAGCCUAGAUGUGGCCAACAAAGCACUAGUCCUAAAAGGGCAACUAAACAGAAAAUGGUGACCCUGUUUGGAAGGACAUCAAGUGAAGAUGGCGAGGAUACAACAGAAGAAGAUGUUCAGGAAGUCUUGGAUGACCAGAGGGAUGAUACAGAAGAUGCCCUGGCAAGCUCUGUUGCAUCUGGUACUUUCACCAUCGGGAAGAAACCAUGUUCUGGUUCAGAGAGGGACGACUCAGUCAUACUCAUAGACAUCACUCAAAGUGCUGAGAGAGGGGCUUUGGCUGGACAUUCUAGGCCAAAGUUGAAAACAAAUCCUUUGUCUAAACAAAGAUGUGGCAAAAAUUCUGAAGGGUUGUCCCCUGUCUUUCCUGUACAUUUACCCACCCACAAGGGGCUAUCUGGAAGAUUUGACGAUACUUGUGCACCCUUGUUUGUCAAUAACUUGGCAGUCGAUGGAGCAUUCAAGACUACUCAUACCAAUUCAUCAAAAGCAGCAAAAAGCUCACACCACAUUCUUGGCCAUAUCCCAAAAGAUGUGUUGUCCAUGUCACCUGUUUUGGAAACAGAAGGAUCGCAAUCAGGUAAAUUAUCUUCUUGUGCAAAGCAACAGAUUAAUACCGCUGUGGUCCAGGAUUAUUCUCAAUGUCGAUCACAGUCACCAGUCUUUGGUUCUCAAUCACAAGUCAUCAGUUCUCAAUCACCUGUCAUCGGUUCUCAAUCACCAGUCAUCAGUUCUCAAUCACCUGUCAUCGGUUCUCAAUCACCAGUCAUCAGUUCUCAAUCACCAGUCUUUGCUUCUCCAUUACCAGCCAUGUGUUCUCAAAUGCCAGUCAUUGGUUCUCACUUGCCAGUCAGUGGUUCUCAGUUGCCUGUAAUCGGUUCUCAGUCAACAGUCAUCAGUUCUUAUUUGCCGGUCUGUGGUUCUUCAUCACCAGCCUUGCAUGUAGGUUUUCAGUCUCCAGUCUUUGGUCCCACCUCUGCCGGCAGUGGGAGUUUGGAAAAAAGGGAUGGUAAGUUUUCUUCAAACCAAGGCAAGCAAAGCAGCCACAUGUCAUCUGAAGCAAAGUCAUCCAAUUCCCAAGGGAACACAACUGCCACAGACGUGGGCAAUGAAUUCUAUUUUCCCACAACCUCCUUUGAGGAGAAUCAUCACCAGUGGUUGAAAGAAGUUCCAAAUACAGCUCACACUGAGACUCCUGCAACAUCUGGCCCCUCUAAAAACUCAGUCACUAUUUUCAAUAGAAGCUUCUUUGGAAACUCACAAGAGGAAGAGGAAUCUGUUUGCUUUCCUGAUGCAAAAGAUACAGGACAUUUAUCUUGCAAAGAGGAUUGCCAGCAAAGGUUGGGGCAAAUUCCAAGUCCAUUAGAAGCAUGCAACGAGGGCAAUCCAAAAUCUUCCCUCUGGCCAGUUGGUGGUAGGAGGAGACAUAAAGGUUUAGAAAGCAAAUUUAGGGCCAUGCACUCAUCUCAUUCACAAAAUGCUCCACAUUCAACGGAAGAUCAUCAUCAGCAGUUAGGCCAGAUGAGGGGGGACAUCGAGAUUGUGUUGAGCUCUUCAUCGUCGGGUUUUGACAGGACUAGGCAUUACGGCAAAGGGAUAAAGAAAAAAACAUUUCACCAAGAUGCUAAACAAGACAGAAAUCAGAGCUUUCAACGGCACAAAAGAUCAAAGGGUAGUCCUUUGAUUCAAUCCAAAGGGCAAGUAAACAAUGCACAUGCACAAGACCGUCAUGUAGAAGAAGUCAGAAGUCAAGCAAUAACACAACAGAUCCACAGUGCGAGUUCACAGACCACUGUUAAUAGAACAUUUCCAGAUUCCCACCUUGAUGUUCAAGUGCUAGACAGUCUCAGCUCCACCCAAAGCUCAGUCAGAUUACCUGUGAAGGCACGGCAAAAGGCAAGGCGCAGUGUGCACUCUGAAGUGUCUGGAAACCAAGGGGCAAGACAGAAGAGGAACAACAAAUUUGGCAGGAGCACCACAGUCUCACAACCUGACGUCCAAGUUGUUGAGAAGCAGGGCUCUAGACUAGAUGAAAAAGAGCCGUCUGAGAGAAAAACAAGAACUGGACGUGUGGUGUUCUCUGAUAGCACUGAUUCAACAGACAUUGAUGUUGUGGAGCUAGUGCGACAGCUGGAUGAAGAUGAGAAGAUGGCGAAACAGCUCCAAGAGCAUUUUGAUGCAGAGCUUGCCAGACUUACCCAGCAACACAACGAGAUAAUGUCUGAUGUUCCACAGCUUCUUGAGCCCAUUGCCAUCCCUCCCCCAUUACCCACUCUGCCACACCCCCCACCACUCUUUCCCAAUCCCCUGACCAUCAUACCCCCGGUGCCAGGCAGAGGGCAGGAGAUGAGAUGGAGGGAUGACUUGAUGGACAUGAACCCUGUCAAUGCUUCCAUGAUGGCAGAGAUGGGACGCUUCCUGAAUGCCAACACGGAGACUCAACCCGGCUAUGGCUAUCGCGGGAGACAACGUAGAGGUCGUGCCAGGGGUCGAGGUAGGUCACGAACCAGAGGUCAUCACCAAGUGGAGCCCGAUGGGAAUGAUUAUGAGCAACUCUGGAACCUAGUAGAGAGGGUCGGUGAUGUUGUGUCCAAGGGCCUGCCAGCCUCCUCAAUCAACCUGCUGCCCACGUUCCUCUACUCGUCAGGCCAAGAUUCCAGCGAGAAGGAGUGCUCCAUCUGCAUGGGCGACUACGAACUGGGCGAGAACAUGCGGCGCCUUCCCUGCUUCCACUUCUACCAUGCAGCCUGCAUCGACAAAUGGCUGAAGGACAAUCGGAUCUGCCCUGUUUGCCGAGAAGAAGUCAACUUUGAAGCAGUGAAUUUCACGUGAUGACAUCUCCCGCCUAGACUAAAGAUCUGUCAAUGCCACAGUAUCCCCGCAGUACUUGUACAUCAGUAAUAGCAUUGAAGGCAGCAGAAACUCAGUGUAGGAACGCUCCGUUAUCACUGUAAUGGUGUAAUGGUGAACAAUUCCGCCUUGGAUCAACUGAAGAUGUUAACAGACUGCAGUCACAGUUACAAGCGUGAGGGGUAAAUACGCUUUUUAUCAGGCAUGUAAGAGUCCAUUGACUUCUGUGCAAAUGGUGAAUUGUUGUAGAGGCUGUAGAGGAGCAUGGUUCAAUAUUCAUCUGCAGGUCUUUGAUAUUUCAUAUUUUACCUUACCUCUCCAAUCUCCCGACCCAGAAAGGGCUAGGGUAUACUCAGUUCCAACCAUUAUCGCAGUAACUGUAUUAUCGCGGCAUUGGAAAUUUUGAAUUUUGCAUUGCCAGUGAGUUUCCACUUGGCAAAUUUCACCCAGGUAAUCAAUGAAUUAUGGCCCGAGGAUAUGUUUUAUGAAAACACAGUGAAAAAUUUUGCAGGUUUCCGUAAGGUUUGAUAGUUUUCAAAUUAGAUGUCACUUUUCUGAAAUUUGAAAACUUUUCUUUGUCAUGUCCUUCAUUACCUACCAUCUGUCUCUUUAACAGUUAUUUUUAAUGCCACCCUGCCCUUAGAUAUGUGUUGAUGGGUUCCCAUAUGUCACUUUCAAAAUGGCCAAAGGUGUCUAAAGACACUAAGGGCUUCUGCGCUGAAAAUUUUUUGUUUCAUGAGUAAAGCGCGCCCCCAAUCUCAAUUAGAAUAGACUUUGCAUCAAUUGUACUUCUACCCCCGGGGCAGUUAUGAUUGAAUCGACAUUAAUAUCUCAAUUUUUUUGCUUUCCUUAAACAACUUGAAGAAUUUGCUAGGGAUAUUUCUAACUAUAGCUAUCCCUAACAGUCCCAAAUCCUCCGAUUUCAAUAUGAUUUUUACAUACACCCUAGGGGGUUAUGGUUAAUUUUG